AUGCUGGUGGUUGGCAGGGGACAUGCUGCUGAUGCGAGGAACAGUGGGGCAAGUAGAAGCUUGCCAAGGAAGAUAGAAACAGGAGAGAAAAAAGGAGGGUUUUGGCUUCAAGCGGGUGAUCCGGAGUUGAGGGCAGAGGAAGAGAAGUUGAGAGCAGAGGAGAGUGGCGACUUGCAGAGAACCAAAACGAUUUCGGAUCGAGAGGAUCGCUCAGCUGUGGUGGAUGAGGCUGCUGGUGCCCCUCUGGGUGAGACCUUGGACCUCAUGACAGCUUUGCAGUUUGUCCUGAGGAAAUCAUUGGCUCAUGGUGGACUUGUACGAGGCCACCAUGAAGGUGCUAAGGUGAUUGAGAAGCACGCUGCCCAGCUCUGUGUACUGGCGGAUGACUGCAACCAGCCUGGCCAUAUUAAACGUGUCACAGCGCUUCGUGCUGAUCAUAAUGUCAGCCUUAAAUCAGUGCCUAGUGCCAAAACUCUUGGCGAAUAG